CACAAAGCUGAAAGUACAAGCAGGAUCGAAAGUGAAACUAGGCACAGCCCCCAGUAUAAGACCCCCCACCCAGGAGAUGGCUGCACACAGAGGCUGGGCCCUGACAUGGGCCAGGUGGCAGGCGACCUUGGCUGGCGGCUCAGCCUGCUGCUACUACCCUUGCUUCUGGUACAAGCUGGUGCCUGGCAGUUCCCAACAGCCCCUCUGAGCCCUCAGGAGCUACGAAAGGAAUUCACAGUCAGCCUGCAGCUUGCCAGGAAACUGCUCUCUGAGGCGCAGGGCCAUGUCCAUUGCUUUGCUGAAUCUCGCUUGCCAGGAGUGAGCCUGGACCUCCUGCCCCUGGGUCACCAGCUCCCCAAUGUGUCCUUGACCUUCCAGGCCUGGCGCCGCCUCUCUGACCCAGAGCGACUCUGCUUCCUCUCCAGCAGACUUCGGCCCUUCCACACCCUGCUGAAAGGGCUAGGGAGUCAGGGGACCUGGACCAGCUCAGAGAGGAUGCAGAUGUGGGCCAUGAGGCUGGAUCUCCGAGACCUGCAGCGGCAUCUUCACUUUCAGGUGCUGGCUGCAGAAUUCACCUGCUCUGAGGAUGAGGAGGAAGAAGAGGAAGGGGAAGAGGAAGAGGAAGGGAAGGAGCUGCUCCCAGGGACUUUGGGUGGCCCCAUCCAGGUGUCAUCUCUGGUGUCCUGGUCCCAGUUACUCCACACCUACCAGACCCUACACUCCUUGGAACUUUUCCUGUCUCGGGCUGUGCGGGACCUGCUGCUGCUGUCCAUGGCUGGGCACCCAGCCCCGGGUUGGGAUUCCUAACGUCUACCUCCCAGCUCUAUGGAGUGACCCUUUAGCUUCCUUCUCUCACCCAUUAGAACUCUAAGACUGGAGUCUUUGACAGGACAGCCUCUAGCUCAUUUGCCUCAGACCAGGCAGUGCUCCACCAGUCCCCAGACCCGGCACAAUAACUUAAAACCCCUCCAGUCCUUGCCAGAUAUUUAUUUCUUGGAUAUUUAUUUAUUUUUUAGGAAAUGAUGGUUUAUUUAUUGUUUCAUUCUUGAGUUAGGCCACCAUGCUGGCUACCUAAUAAAGCCCUCCCACUCCCUUUGUGCCUCAGCAUCUUCACACAAAAGGAAAGCCUGACACCCAAGGAUUAUGAUAACCUGGGAUAGAGUCAGCAUCCUCUGGCUACCUAGAACCUGUCUUUGCUCCUGUAUUCUUAGGGAUUCCUAGGAAAUAGUAACCAGCAGAAUUCUGAGGCUGAGCUACUAUUCUGGAAACUCAAAGCAGCUGGCCUGAAGCCCGUGGGCCAUUGAUUCCAACUGGUUAUCAGCCCUUUGAAUCCCUUUUCUUUAGCCUGGCUUCCACCUCAGAGGUGUGUUAUCUUACACACCUCUCUGUGGUUCUCCAGUAUUAUGGGCAAUGGGGGAGGGCGGUCAUGGAGGGAAGAUUUAAGGAGAAGAGUCGCCAACCUUGUCUUUGUUGUAGUCUUCUGAGCAGCAAAGACAAUUUGCAGAGGUGGUCAGGGCCAGGAUCCAUGAGAGGUAUCCCAGCAGGGCGGGGGACACCAGCCUUCUUUGGGAAAUCAGACUCCUUACAUUCAAGGUCUUACAAACAUCUGGUUUUGCUGAGGC